AUGUAUAAGCAAGCUGCGGAUAAGAAGCACCGUUAUGUGGAAUUUGAAGUUGGUGUUUUUGUUUGGGCUAAUCUUACUAAGGAUCGAUAUCCUGCUAGGGAGUACAACAAGCUUUCAGCAAGGAAGAUUGGGCCGUUAGAGCACCUGAUUCCUUAUACAGGUGAUAGCUUAGACGAGGACGAUUCGAGGACGAAUUCUCUCUACCCAUGGGAGAAUGAUGCGAUAGAAGAAGCGAAUCAACAGAUUGCAAUUAAUUCUGUUGCAUCACCAUCUGACUAUAGCUAUAUUGAUUCAUCAAACGAGAUGAAUGGAUGCAAGCCGGACUUUCUGCCUCAGAGUUGUGACAAAGUGUUCCUAAAACCUCUAGUCUAUUCUCCUCCCAACACUAACUGGCGGCUGUCUGAUUGUGAGCGUUAUCAAAAUUCGGAUGAGAACAUCUGCAGGCAGGUUUGUUUGGAUGAUUGCUUAUGUGCUGUUGCAAUAGUUCGAGAGGGCAAGUGUUUGAAGAAGAGAAUGUCUCUCUCCAAUGGAGUGCUUGAUAACACUGUUGGAGGAACAGCCCUCAUCAAGGUGAGGAUCAGUAACUCUACUUCAGGAAAGCCGCUUGGUUGCUCCAAGAAGAAAGGUAGCAGGCCAUUAUUAAUCAUCGAAUCAGUAGUUCUGAGCGGCUCUGCAGCAUUGAACCUGAUCCUGCUUUUCUUAACCUUUCUGAUAUGGUAUCGAUACUUUCGUGGGGCAAAAGCUGAAACUUUGCAAGCGUACACGGGAAAUGGGUUCUCUAGUACAAUGCAGAGUUUUUCAUACGAGGAGCUCAAAGAAGGGACGGAUGGGUUCAAAGAAGAGGUGGGCCGGGGAGCUUAUGGGGCGUUUUAUAAGGGAGUUCUCACAUCUAAUGAGAGAAGUGUCAUUGCGGUAAGAGUAUUGGAAAAGAUAACUUCUGAUGGCAAUAGAGAGUUCAACGCCGAAGUGGACACUAUUGGACGUGCCAAUCACAGGAACCUCAUCGAACUUUUUGGGUUCUGCAACGAGGGGCAAAACCGCCUUUUGGUGUAUGAAUUCAUGCGCAAUGGAUCAUUGGCUGACUUUCUGUUUGGAGAUUCGAGGCCGACCUGGUUCAAGAGGACCGAGAUUGCCUGUGGGGUGGCGAGAGGCCUCCUGUACCUCCAUGAGGAAUGCAGCAAGCAGAUCACCCACUGUGAUAUAAAGCUGCAGAACAUCCUCCUCGAUGAGUCUCUCACAGCAAAGAUUUCCGAUUUUGGGUUAGCAAAGCUUUUGAAGAUUGACCAAACACGAACAAUGACGGCGGUCAGGGGGACAAAAGGGUACUUGGCUCCAGAAUGGUUCACAAACAUGCCGAUUUCCAUUAAAGUGGAUGUCUACAGCUUUGGGAUUGUUCUGCUGGAGCUGAUUUGCUGUAGGAGGAACUGUCAGUUCGAAUUGAAUGACGAGGAUCAGAUGAUACUCUCUGACUGGGUUUACGAUUGCUACCUUGAAGAGAAGCCCGAGCUAAUCAUAGAGGGUGAUGAGGAAAUGGUUGGAAACAUUAACAGAGUGCAAAAAUUCGUGAUGAUAGCAAUGUGGUGCAUUCAGGAAGACCCAUCUAUGAAGCCGUCUAUGAAGAAAGUCAGUCAAAUGAUCGAAGGGGCUGUUGGGACCAUCCUCAUUUAUCAGUUCCUUCCAAUAGUUCUCUGCACAAUCGUGAUCAUAUUCAGUGUUUCAACAUUAUGUUUUUCCUUUAGCUGA